UUUAAAAAAGCCUCCGUUUAUAUUAAGGCGGUUGGCUUCAUAGUGAAAUGAUGGAUAUUGCUAGGAUAUUCACAGUGGUUGUUCUAUUACUGACAGACGUUGCAAUAGCAAACCUAGAGGCAGGCUGUAUAGAAAACUCAACUCGUGAAAACUUUCUAUCCAUCCAGUGUUCACAUGUUAGAAGUUUUCCCUCGUCUAUCCCAAGAAAUGCGAACGGGCUGUUUAUUAACAACGCCGAGCUCACGAGCAUUAACUCAACCUCAUUGAAAGACCACCUUCUGCUGCUCGACCUGGCUGUUACCAAUUCUGAACUCGCUUAUAUCGAGCCUGGAGCAUUUGAUCAUAUAAUCAUGCUCAAACGACUGAAUCUGGGCGACAACAAGAUAACCACGCUGCCAGCAGGAUUGUUUUCGGCUCUCAAACAUCUUCUCUACUUGAAUCUGGGUGGAAACAAGUUAUCAACCCUGAGUGGUGUGCUUCUCGGACUAACGUCUUUAGAAACAUUGCGAAUCGAAAACAACCUUAUUCGAGCGCUACCGGCGCAGUAUUUGCAGAAUUUAGACGAGCUUAAGCAUCUUAAUAUUAGAAACAAUUCAAUGGAAUUUGGGGACUUCACAAACACAAGAAAACUAGAAACCUUGAUACUGAACGACAACAUGCUUGUAUCGCUGGAUAAAUCGUUGGUAGGACUGUCUUCUUUGACUGAAUUAGAGGUUGAAAACAACAUGCUUUUCCUUUUCUCACAAGAUGCCUAUUCAACACUGACCUCUCUUAAACAUUUGAAGCUAAGUUCAAACCAUAUUGCUACCUUGCUUCCGGGAACUUUUAGACACAAUGCCAACCUGACAUCGCUGCACCUUGCCCACAAUCCCCUUACCACUGUUGACAACAUUCUACCUCUAGACAGCACCCAUUUUCGUGUGAUGAACCUCUCCCACUGCAACCUGAGGUUCUUCCCGAGGUAUCUUCCGGUCUCAACACAGUUAAUUGAACUGUCACACAACAGGAUCUCGACAAUUAGACAAUCUGAUAUGGCUGCUUAUUCAAACAGUUUGAAUGCAUUGGUGCUGGAGGGAAACUUACUUGAAAGUGUGGAGUACGGGUCAUUUUCCGGACUAAGCUCACUUAGCACUUUACUACUAGGCAACAACAUCCUCGAAACCGUGCCUGGACCAUUUCCGGUAGGAAUAAAGUUGCUUCUGCUUGAUCAUAAUAAAAUCCAAAUGUUUCCAUCAGACGCUUUCAAGCCCGGUACUGACCUCAACAGCCUGUCGAUUCGUGGAAACCAUCUCAAAUCCAUUCAUGCUUCAAUGUUUCAAAAUCUGAAAGGAAUAUCAGAGCUUCAUGUGGAAAACAAUGACAUUCAAGUACUCAAAGACAACACAUUCUUGUUAGUUGUUGAGCUGCAGUAUCUGUCGCUUAACAGAUUGAAUUUAUUAUCAAUAUUUCCAGACUGUUUUCUUGGCUUGACCGAUUUGGAAACAUUAGAAAUGUCCUUUGUGAAGAUAAGCCAUGAUAAAAUAUAUGGAAACUUUUUCAAGAAUGUAUUAAAUGUUAAAAGCAUUGCUCUUGAAGAAAGUCCGGAUAUAACUCAUUACUUUUUGAAAAAUGUUGGAAUCAUGGGAAAGCAGUUUAAUAAUCUUAAAACAGUGAAUCUUAAGGAAAAUUCGUUGACAAACCUAACAGAUCUAACGGGUUUAUUGCAAGCAGCACCGAAUUUGGAAUCCAUCUCUUUAAAUGGAAACGAAUUCACUUGUGACAUGCAAACAUCAUUAACGCUCUACAAACAAGGAAAGGAAUCACUGGCUUUACAGGGACUGACCUGCCGACCGGGACGCCAUCUGGGUGACAUCACAAUCAAGGAUUUAUUGAGUACCCCAGAAAACCCCUCCGCGGUGACGCAACUUCCUGACGAUCUCACAACACCACAGUACGAAUACUACAGCGAGUAUUACCCCAACAAUGAAUACCAAGACACUUAUGAUGAAGAUCAUUACAGUUAUUUUGAUGUCGGUAAACAUCAUACCGAAGAUGAGUUCUCCACAGAGCCAUUCUCCACAGAGCCAACCACAACCGAUGUAAUAUCAACACAUACUAUAACAGUGCCACAAACCGGCUUCACAAAGAAAACAAGUAUGGAUACACAUCUAAAUAAACCUCCUCGCAACAACACAAAGGUAUCUUAUGCUAAGUCUGUGGGAAUCGCUAUCGGAACAUCUCUUGGCGUAAUCUUAGUUAUGUUGUUAUUGGCGUUCGUAUCUUUCAAGUAUUGCAAUAAAAGGAGAAAGAUCCGUCAAGAGAAAGCACGACAAGACACAAAUGGCCAGAGUUACGUUUUCAUUGCCCCUAACACAAACACGUCAGCCGCAAAGGUCCACCGGAAGUUGAGCCGGGCGGAGCGGGGGUCGACGACAUCGCGGGCAAGCGAGGAUAUCACCAACAAGACGGAUAGUGGGAUGAAAGUGUUCACGCUUGAUGUAGACGCAUAAGCAUUUGACAGUGUGGGUUUAUCUCUUCUUAUUGAGCUAGUUUGUAAUGCAGCAUAUAUAUUACGCUAGGUAUUUCAAUGUGAGCAAGCAAAACAAAUGACGUCAAUAUUGAUGAGCAUUUUCACAAAUAAAUAAUGUAUCAUGUAAUAUGUAUUUCAUUUUACAUGUUUAGUCUUUUGCAUCGAUGAAAACCAUUCAUCUCGUUUGUAUGAUUUUCAGUAAAACCAUUUGGUCUUAUCAUUUAUGAAAUAAAACUAAAAAAGAUA